AUGUCCCAGCCAGUCUACCACUACCUCACCCUCGGGCGCCUCGGCCGCGGCGAGGUCCUCAACCUCUUCCUCAAGGACGCCGGCAUCGACAAAAAAGACAUCCUCUACCCCUGGGACGAGACCUGGUCUGCCGCGAGCGAAAAACUGACCCAGCAGGGCAUCACGCGGACCGGGCAGCUCCCCGCACUCGAGUACAAGGGUUCUGUCUAUACGCAGCACAUCCCGACACUACGCUACUUCGCCCGCGAACUGGGCGCGUACGACGGCGAGACGAACCAGGAGAAGUAUAUUGUGGAUGCUGUCGCUGAUCUUUAUGUUGAUUGGAGGUCCCAAUGGGCUGCCAGCCUAAGCGGCGCAACAGAUGAAUACAAGAACAAGGUUGCGCCCAAGUAUUACAGCGUGAUCGGACAGUACUACACUGAUCACCCGGGGCCGUAUCUGCUCGGCGAUAAAAUCACAUACGCGGAUUUUGCGGUAUAUCAGAGUAUCGAUAAUGAGCGCAGAACAGGGACCCUGCCGGUGAGUAUCUCUAUGAUUUAUUAA